UUGCAGAGGCUUUUGCAACCUCCCCCUCAUAAUCAUAUUUCCCAGAUAAACCCCACUUCUCUCGCAUUCGCAUCAACUGUGCAGAAAUGGCAAGGAUAGCAUGCCACCAUAUAGUUGCACUUCCAUUGAAGUCCUCCUUCUUGACCAGGUCGUCUUCUAAUUGUUUCUCGGAGACCUCUCUUUCCAUUGGCUUCCGUCGGCGUUUCUCUUCAAAUUCCAAGAUAAGCAUGAGCUUGAAAGCUGGAAUUGUCGGUCUCCCUAAUGUUGGAAAAUCUACUCUAUUCAACGCCGUUGUUGAGAAUGGAAAAGCUCAGGCUGCUAAUUUUCCAUUUUGUACAAUUGAACCAAAUGUUGGAAUUGUUGCUGUUCCUGAUUCACGCCUCCAAGUACUCUCUAAUCUCAGCAAGUCUCAAAAAUCGGUUCCAGCAUCUAUAGAAUUUGUAGAUAUUGCUGGGUUGGUGAAGGGAGCUAGUCAAGGAGAGGGAUUGGGUAAUAAAUUUUUGUCACACAUACGUGAAGUGGACUCCAUUCUUCAGGUUGUACGUUGUUUUGAGGACAAUGACAUUGUUCAUGUAAGUGGGCAAGUUGAUCCCAAGUCAGACAUUGAUGUCAUCAACUUAGAGCUAGCAUUCUCAGAUUUAGACCAGAUUGAAAAAAGAAUAGAGAAACUGAAAAAGAGCAAAUCUAAUAAUUCACAAGUGAAAGCAAAGGAGGAGGCAGAAAAGUCAGCCCUGGAAAGAAUACAGGAAGCCCUAUUGGGUGAGUCUGAUUUAGCUUCACCUGAGAAUAAUCCUCAUGUCAAAAAUGUCAUGGAACUUGCUUCUGAGUUACAGUCUGGAAUAGUCACUGUCUCUGCUCAGGUGGAGUCAGAGCUAACAGAACUCCCAUCAGAAGAAAGAAUAGAGUUUUUGACAUCUCUUGGUGUAGAUGAGAGUGGGCUUGGAAAUCUUAUCCGGGCCACAUAUAACCUUCUUGGCUUACGUACAUAUUUCACCUCUGGAGAGAAGGAAACCAAAGCAUGGACCAUUCAUGCAGGAAUGACUGCACCACAGGCUGCAGGGGUUAUCCACUCUGACUUUGAGAAAGGUUUCAUCCGAGCAGAAACAGUGGCUUAUAAUGAUUUCGUUGCUGCUGGUUCAUUGUCAGCUGCGAGAGAAAAAGGAGUUUUGAGGUCGGAGGGAAAAGACUAUGUUGUACAAGAGGGUGAUGUAAUGUUGUUCCGCUUUAACGUCUGAUGAUGAUGGAUGGAUGUCAAGUCACACACUCAGGCUCUUCAAAACUUGUUCAACAUAUACAAUUUUGUUCAAGUAAUGCUAAGUUAUGACGCCAUGUUUCAUACUUUUACUUCCCCAUACACUUUGUUCUUUCAUUAUCAAAUUACAAAGUAUAGAGAAGGAACACCAUCAAUCAGCAUGAUGUUGGAGUAAAAAUAUUCUUGAUAUAAAAAAUUGUGCUAC